AAUAUUAUAAUUCAAUGUAGUAAAAAUGUACCUAUUUUUUUUUUUAUAUAAUUAUAUUUAUUUUUUAAAUGAAAUGCGGUGAAUCUUAAUUUCACGGUGUUUAGAUGCUUAAGUUAUUUGUAAAUAAUUUAACACAAUGAUAUCGUUUCUGAAGAAGCGGCUAAGAGAUCAAACAUUAUCAGCCGUUGAUCUCUAUACAAAAACACUGAAAGAUCUAGAAAAUAAAUCCAAUCUCAAUGCAUUCGUGCAUAUUAAUCAAGACGGAGCUCGACAAGCAUUAGAAUGUCAGAAACAACUAAAAAAUGGCAUUCAAAGACCUCUGGAAGGUAUUCCGAUCGCAGUGAAAGAUAAUUUCUGUACUAAAGGUAUACCUACAACAUGUGCUUCAAAGAUGUUACAAAAUUUUAUUCCUAUGUACAAUGCUACUAUGGUAGAACGUUUACAAGCGGCUGGAGCUGUUAUAGUUGGAAAAACCAAUUUGGAUGAAUUUGCCAUGGGUUCUGGCACCGUAGAUUCCAUUUUUGGGCCUACUAAAAAUGUAUGGCGUUCAAAUUCAGAUGAAUGGCACAUUGCAGGAGGUAGUUCAGGAGGAAGUUGUACAGCAGUGGCUUCUGGUGUAUGUGUUGCUGCAUUGGGAUCCGAUACCGGUGGGUCAGUAAGAAAUCCUGCUUCAUAUUGUGGUAUAGUUGGUUUUAAGCCUAGUUAUGGCUUGCUUUCUCGUCAUGGACUGAUACCUCUUGUGAAUUCAAUGGAUGUGCCCGGUAUUGUGGCCCAAACAGUUGAAGAUGUAAUGGCAGUAUUUAGUGUAGUUAUUGGACCAGACUUAAAUGAUUCAACGUGUUUGAAUAUGAAUUUGGAUACAAAUAAAUUUCAACAAGAUUUUUCAAUUCGAGAUUGUCGUAUUGGAAUACCCGAAGAAUACAAUUGCAAAGGCUUAUCAAAAGAAGUAAAAGAUACUUGGAAUUAUAUUGCAGAUCUCAUUGAUAAUUCUGAAGGAAUGGUAAAGAAGGUGUCACUACCUCACACUAGUGCUUCAAUAGCCACUUAUUCAGUUUUGAAUGCUUGUGAGGUAGCUAGUAACAUGUCACGAUACACAGGAAUCUUGUAUGGUUAUAGAUCAACACAAAAUUAUAAAUCAUUUGAAUCAUUAAUUACUACUAAUCGGAUUGAAGCUCUAGGAGAAGUUGUUAGAUCUAGAAUUUUAAGUGGAAAUUUUUUUCUCUUGCAAAGUAAUUAUGAAAAGUAUUUUUUACAAUCAUUAAAAGUUCGACGCUUGAUAUCAGACGAUUUCCAAAACAUUUGGAAAUCUAACUAUGACUUUUUAGUUACACCUACUACAUUGACUACAGCUCCUUUGCUGUCUGAAUUUAAGUCCUUAGACAAUCGUACACAAUGUGCUACACAAGAUUAUUGUACUCAACCUGCUAAUAUGGCUGGAUGUCCAGCAAUUACAAUACCAGUAAAAUUAUCAAAAAGUAAAAUGCCAAUAAGCAUACAGAUUAUAGGACAAAAUUUUGAUGACAUCAGGUUGUUACA